GUUUGUCUUCUCCUUGGUCACUGUUCACCUUCAGGCUGAGAGUCACUUCCAGACCUUCAUCUACCCCUUCUUCAUCCCUCUCCCUUCAUCUCUCUGCUCCUCCUACUCCUCCCACAGCUUUCAUGACUCAGGUUGGACUCAGACAGCGACUCCUGAAGCCCCUCCCCUUUGUUCUGCUCAGCUGGAGGAGCUGCUUAGAUUCAAACAAUCUCACAGUCUUCCUCACAAGCUCCCAGAAGUCAAGCUGCAGGCAGACAAGUACUAUGGCUCGGGUUUCUCUAUUGACACCCCCUCCCUCGCUGCAACAAACCUUUUAAGAAUGCAGUGAAGGAUCUAUAAGUAAGCUAUAGGUUUGAAACCUGGAAUUGAAGAUUUAGAGAUAGUUUCAUCAAAAUGAGCAUGAAAAGGAAAAAGGCUGGGCUGGUCAUUGGCUGGAGGAAGUCCUUCUCUAUCCUGGCUCCUUGGAGGAAGGGUAAAGGAGAGGGGGAUGCAGUGACGGGAAGUGAUGUGGUCCUGACCAAAAUGAAGCUCUUCAACAACUUCAAUGAAAGGCCCCUAAAGGUUGAUGACUCCUUUUCCACUGUCUCCAUGGUGUCAGAUAACUGUCGGCACACCUUAGACAGUAUCAAAGCCUCUGAGGUGAACCCUGACCUUGAAGACAAAUCCUCACAGUCCCAGAUGAAGUCUAGCUCAGACUACCUGUCGGUUAUUUUUUCGAACUCGGAGCUUCCUAGGUUGUAUAAGUUUGAAUCAGAGGACUCUGGAGUGGAGCUCAACAGUGGAGCCAAUUCACCAUCGACUCCAAACAGCUCAGAGAAGAGUUUUGUGGUGCACAGUCGAGAGCCUUCCAGUGAUUCCUGCAACUUAAACUCUGAUCAUGCUUCCCGGCCCAACACAUUCAUUAUAAAUGUGAAAAGCUCUGAGAUAAACCAGACUGUGGAUAACAACCUGAAUACACGGGAUGAUGCUGAAAGCGACGUGCUGAUUUACAGAGAUGAACUCGGUUCUCCAUCUGAGGAAACAGAACUGCAAAAAAGUAAGGACGAGGAGAGAGACACGACUUCAGGAACAAUCCCUGAAGUCCUUUCUGAAACUGAGGAGACCGGUGCUUUGACAGACACGGGCUGCCCUACGGACAUCACAUUGGUUCAGGAACCUUUCAUGGGACUGCAUGAUGACAGGAGGAGCUCAGAAAAAGAACCAUCGUCCAUGAGGAGGAGCAACACCACCGACAGCCUUAAGGAAUACAUGGAGGAGUGCUGCAGACUGAGUCAGACACAGCAGCAGAGCCCCGGUGUCAUCUUAUCAGGUCUAAGCUACCUGCAGCACAUCUGCCAUCUCAUUGAAAACAUCGGCAAGCUGCAGGAGACAAACCUGAAGCUGCAGAAGCAGAUCUGCAGUUUGCAGAAGGACCAUAGAAAGACAAAAACUAAAGAGGAUAUUUUCCAGGAGCACUGCAGCUGUGGAGCAGCAAGCCUAGCUUAUCAGGAGAUUCAGAAGAAGUCCUCCAGAAGUGAGAUUUUGUCUCCAUCUGGCACUCUAUCUGAUCUGUCCUCGAUACCAGAAGUCAUUCGGCACCCCCUUACAUCCACCAGGACAGGUAGGAGCAGUGAAUGUGUGGCCUCUGUCCCUCGGUGGAAGAGAAGCCUGAAGCGAAGGAGCUACACUGAAGGGGGCGCCCUCUUCCUAAGUGACAGCAGAGAACAAGUGUCCACCCCCCAGCGCAGACUGAGUGAAAACUACACUUGGGGCAGAGUCAAAGACAUUGUAAGGAAAGCUAAAGUGGGGAAUCAGAACCGUCUGGGAUCGACUUCCACCUCUCUGAAGAUGUCCUGUCCACAGCUGUACAGGCCAGACCUGAACCCGGCAGAACCAGCUGUGAGGAACAGGAACUCCAUGAUGGCUUUGGGCCCUCAGAGCAGAUUGGACUUGCCCUGGCUGCAGUGAACAUGCAGAUCCCUAAAGUCCAGAAGCAAAGAGAUGUCAUACCGACAAGAUUCAAGAGCUGAAAGCAAAGUUUAGCACAGAAAGUGAGAGGACAGGAGCAGCUGCUGCGUGUUUGGCAGAAAGAAAACAACUGUAAAUAAGAUAUACAAUGUAAAUUAUUGUUACAAGUAUAAAUAUAUGAGUGAUCCUGCUGUGAAGAGGAAACGGCAUUUACCGGACUGCUAAGAGGUUGUUGUGUUAAUACUAAUGAACUUGGUUUCAUUUGGAUGAAAGAAAAUCCGACAUUAAAGAAAUUGUUUGUAUUUUAUAUUUACGUUUUAAGAAUUUGUUGAUGAGUUACACCUUUGUAUGUAACGUGUAUGAACGACCUUGUUUGGAACAAACGACUGUGAUUAUUCUGACGAGAGAAAGUCUGAUUCAUCAAACCAUGUUUUGGUAUUCUGUCCUUAAAUAUUCAUAGGUUUUUGUAAGAUCUCUUACUGUCAGGUUUGUUUGACACAUUCCUUCCUGUGGUGUAUUUGAGGAGCUUCAGUAACUCCUGUGACCUGAACAGGACUCAGCCAGAACAGAAGGUGACUGGAUGUUUACUGUGUGAGUUCUUUCUGAGAUCAGAUUAAAGAAAUGAUCAUUUUAUACCACCGAGUCUUUUAGACUCUGCAGCCAAUAAAGAAAUACUUUUCAAAGGUU